CUAGUCUACGUUGGCUUGCACAAAUUGUAACAGUAAGAGAAUAAUAAUACUGUACACAAAACUAUAAACAAAAUUUAGUAGUACCACGUACAAGAGAAGCAAAACCUGCAAAACCCAAAUUGCGCGAGAAAAAUAAGAAAGGGUCAAACCCCACUUUAACCCUUAAACCCUAGUAUUCCGAAUUCCUUAUACUUGAACCGCGGCAAAAGCUCCGCCGGAAAGAGCGAGUGUAGCAAUGGUGAAGUCGUACCUCCGAUACGAGCCGGCGGCGGCGUUUGGAGUUAUCGCCUCCGUUGAUUCAAACAUUACCUACGACAGCUCCGGCAAGCACCUCCUCGCACCAGCUCUCGAAAAGGUCGGCCUUUGGAACGUCCGGCAAGGCGCUUGUACCAAAACCCUAGCACCUUCUCCUUCGUCUCGCGGUCCAUCUCUUGCGGUCACCUCCAUUGCUUCCUCUCCUUCCUCUCUGAUAGCAAGUGGGUAUGCUGAUGGUAGUAUAAGAAUUUGGGAUUGUGAUAAAGGAACAUGUGAAACCACAUUGAAUGGACAUAAAGGGGCCACAGUUGCCCUUCGGUACAACAAGCUUGGAUCCUUGCUUGCAUCUGGAAGCAAAGAUAAUGAUAUUAUAUUAUGGGAUGUGGUCGGUGAGACUGGACUUUUUCGGCUUCGUGGGCACCGUGACCAGGUUACAGAUCUUGUCUUCUUGGAUGCUGGUAAAAAACUUGUUAGCUCCUCCAAGGACAAGUUUUUGAGGGUUUGGGAUCUUGAGACUCAACAUUGUGUUCAGAUUAUUGGUGGUCAUCAUAGUGAAAUUUGGUCAAUAGAUGCUGACCCCGAGGAAAGAUAUUUGGUCACUGGGUCGGCAGAUCCGGAGCUUCGGUUUUACAUGGUAAAGCAUGACUUGGUAGAUGGACAGUCUCUGUCUAAUAUAAAUGGAACAGAAGUUAUUAAUGUGAAUGGUGGGGAUUCAUCCACUCAAAGCAAAUGGGAAGUCUUGAAGCAGUUUGGUGAAAUUCAGCGACAGAGCAAGGAUAGAGUUGCAACUGUGAGGUUCAGUAAGUCUGGAAAUCUGUUGGCUUGUCAAGUUGCAGGUAAGAUGGUAGAGAUAUUCUGUAUGUUGGAUGAGGCUGAAUCCAAGCGUAAAGCAAAAAGGAGAAUUAAUAGGAAGAAGGAGAAGAAAUCCACUAAAGGAGCAGUUGAGGUAACUGAAAAUGGAGAUGCAAAUCAAGGAGCUGGAGAAGAAGCCAAUAUUCCUGUUGUUACAGUACCUGAUGUUUUUAAGCUUCUUCAGACUGUAAGAGCUAGCAAGAAGAUAUCCUCUAUUUCUUUCUGUCCGAUCAAUCCUAAGAACUCGCUGGCAACUUUAGCAUUGUCUUUGAACAAUAAUUUAUUGGAAAUUUAUUCUAUUGAAAGCAGUUCAACCACAAAAACCGUUGCUAUUGAGCUCCAGGGACAUCGUGCAGAUGUCAGAAGUGUUACACUUAGCUCAGAUAACACUCUUCUAAUGUCAACUAGUCACAAUGCUGUAAAAAUAUGGAAUCCAAGUACUGGUUCCUGCCUUCGAACUAUUGAUUCAGGAUAUGGAUUGUGUAGUUUAUUUGUUCCUGGGAACAAGUAUGCUAUCGUUGGUACAAAAGGUGGGUCUCUAGAAAUUGUUGAUGUUCAAAGUGGUACUUGCAUGGAAGUAGUAGAAGCUCAUGGUGGUGCUGUUCAGUCUAUUGUGGCAACUCCAGAUGAAAAUGGUUUUGUCACUGGGAGUACAGAUCAUGAUGUUAAGUUCUGGGAGUAUCAGACUGUGCAGAAACCUGGUCGAGAUUCUAAGCAACUAACAGUAUCUCAUGUGAGGAAUAUUAAAAUGAAUGAUGAUGUACUAGUAAUUGCUGUUAGUCCUGAUGCCAAGUAUAUUGUUGUUGCCCUGUUGGAUUGCACAGUGAAGGUCUUCUUUAUGGAUUCACUCAAAUUUUUCCUCUCAUUAUAUGGUCACAAGUUACCUGUGCUGUGCAUGGAUAUUUCCUCAGACGGAGAUUUGAUUGUUAGUGGCUCGGCAGACAAAAACUUGAAGAUAUGGGGUUUAGAUUUUGGUGACUGCCAUAAAUCCAUUUUUGCUCAUGCUGACAGUGUUAUGGCGGUGCAAUUUGUACGCAAUACCCAUUACAUGUUUAGUGUUGGAAAAGACCGCCUUGUAAAAUACUGGGAUGCGGAUAAAUUUGAGUUGCUUUUAACUCUUGAGGGGCAUCACGCUGAAGUUUGGUGUCUUUCAGUCAGCAACCGUGGUGAUUUUGUUGUCACGGGAUCUCAUGAUCGAUCAAUCCGUCGUUGGGAUCGUACUGAAGAACCAUUUUUCAUUGAGGAAGAGAAAGAGAAAAGGUUGGAAGAGAUGUUUGAGUCUGACCUUGACAAUGCAUUUGAAAACAGGUAUGCACCUAAAGAAGAACUUCCGGAGGAGGGAGCUGUGGCUUUAGCAGGGAAGAAAACUCAAGAAACCCUCACAGCAACUGACUCAAUUAUUGAAGCAUUAGACAUGGCUGAGGCAGAAUUAAAGCGUAUUGCUGAACAUGAGGUCACGUUAGGAGCAGAAAAACCAGUGGACAAAUUUUGUUCGGGAGGUGAAGUCAUAAAAGAUAAUUAAAUGCUGUUUGUUAGACAAUUCUUCUUAAAAUGAAAUAGUUUGAAUCUUGAGGCAUUUGGUGAAAAGUUGAAACAUAUUUGUUCCUCUGGUAAGUAGCUGACCACAUUUUAAUUCACAUAUUUUUUUGGGAAAAGAUGUCAAGUGGAAAACAGCAUUCAUUGUCUUAUAUUAUUCAAAUUUACACACCAGUUAUAAGAUGUUCUCUUCCUUAAUCAUUGCAAAUGCGUAAAACUGACCUGUUAGCUAGUUGUCAAUAAACCUCUUCUCAUUCUAAUGAUACGACCUGUCCUUGCAUAGGAUGUGCAAGCUGGCUGCUGAAUUCUUAUAGAAUAAAUUUGAGAGUGAAGAUAACUGUCAAUGCAACUAUUAAUGUGAUUAUUCCAACUAUAUUGAGUAUCAUACAUGUAACGAUCAUAGUAGGGAUCGUUGCUCUUAGAUCCCUUAUUCAUGUACCCUAUAUGAAGCUUUACUGUUCCCUGGGAUUGGCUUUGGGCCUUUCCUGCGCAGCUUAGGUGGAGGGCGAAGAAGACCUCAUUCCAUGAGAGGGGGGAUAACACUUAACAUAUGAAAAUAUGUAAAUGUUUAGUUUUCGUCAAUCAAAAAGAUAUAUAUAUAUAUAUUUUUUGUUGUUCAAUUAGCUGGAAGGUUGCAGAAUCGUAUUGUGUAUCGUUCUCUGUGUAUUUCAUAAUGAUUGUGUAUUGCUUUAUGUCUAUUUUCUUUUUCAUCGAACAGUUUCCUACUCUUACAAUCUGCAAGGUCAAACUGGAUAGCUAGCAUGAUUUAUAAGUUGUAAAGCUGCUGCAGUUUUUCUGUGGUUUGAUGAUUAUUUACUUUUGCAUCAUUUUGUAAAAUUUGCUCCAAAAAAUUUCUUUACACAAUUGGGCACUAAUUCCAAUCUAGGUGGUCCUCUUUACUUUACUAGUGCAAGGAACAUAGUUUAGGUUAUUCAUGGACCUCAAAUUGUUGGGAAUGUUCCCUUAAUUUAUUUGAUGCUUGUUCAAGAAGGAAAAAUAACGAAAAAGUAAAGCAAAAAGACAAAUUGUGUUAAAAGGCACAUUCUAGAACAAAAGGGCUUGUUUUUUCAACUUCCAUGGUUUAACAUUGCUGAGAAUCAUUUUAUUUUUUUUAUUCCUAAACUCACACAGACAUGUUUUUUUGUUUUUUUUUUUUUUUUUUUUUUUUUUUUUUUUUUUUUUUUUUUUUCCUUCCUUUUCUGAUGCUUUUACUAUUGUAUCAUUUAUUAGUUUAUUAUUUUUAAGAGUCAAAAACUUUUACGUUUUUACUUCAUGGCUUGAGGUGCAUCCCCCUUCCUUGUGUGAAGAAAAUGAAUACUUUUCCUUCACUUCUUCAUUCAAGAGUAUGGAUGAAACUUCUCGUUAUCAUCUUCCUGCAAUUAUCAUUUCUAAGGUUGGCCUUGUCUUCAUGCUCAUAGUGUAUGUUGUAAUGUUACACAUUGUUAUAUUUCUAGAGAAAGAAUUGGUUUUUUGCAAUAAGAAGCAAAAGUUCUUGUGUUAAUGUAGCCAGAGUAGAUUGCUGAUGAUGUAAAUAACUAAUUUCACCCCCUUUUGCACUAUUGUCAGCUUAUGCUUGUUUUACUCGCGAUUCCUGACACCUCUAUGAUAUGCCAUCAGAGAGAACAUUGAGAAAGAUAUUGAGAGGGGGAGGAGAGGAGGACUGAAUUAUAAUACAUGCAGCUUGGCAUACUGAUGGAGGGGAGUAUAGCCAAAUAUGAAUGGGUGUGGUGAUGACAUAAAUAGUGAAGCUAUUAGUAAAAAGCUUUUAUGAGUAUUGAUUGAUAACAUUUGUGAUGAGUUUGGUCACAUUUGUUUGUAUAUGGGUAGACAGCUUUUCCUAUUCACUCGAUACACUACAAGUAAAAUGAAUUGAGAAAAUUGUUAGUUGGUUUUUGGGGGUUAAGGGAUUCAUACCAAAAAUAUAUAUUUUUGGAUUUUGUUUUCAGAUUUGACAUUGAUGAUAUCUAUGUUUAUUUGCAAUAUGCUAUUUCUUGUCUCUUUGUUUCAGUGCUAAUUAUUUCCAUCCUGUUAUAUUGAAUAUUUGAUCUUCAUAUACUUCUACUCUGUUUAGAGUACCUAUGAUUAUAACAACCUUAAUAUUUUUGUUGUCUCAAAUGUUCUACCUUAUUAACUUCUAUGAAAAGGUACAAUUGAUAUGAAACAACAUAGAAUCACAAGGUAGUACUUGAAAAAAAAAAAUGUGACUUUUUUGAUUUCAGGAUCUUGAAACAAUCUACGAUCUAGAUAUUCUUGUUAUAUCUUGCUGGGUAAGGAAAAAAAAAAAAAGAACUUAUGAUUACUGAAGUACUUGAAAAUAAAAAAAUGCAUCGGCCAUACUUGUAGGGAUUAUGAUGAUUUAAACUCUGAAAUAGGAAGCAAAUAAUGGGAACUUUAAUGUUUAAUCAGUUUCUUAAGAUCCUGGAUUUGAUUUUAGAAUUGUGACUGUGUUUUGUGA